CUGGGAACGGAAGUUAUCCCCAAGCUGGCUUUUGACUCGGUGUGCCGCGCCAGGAUGCUGAUGAGGGCCGCGCCGCCUUUCGGGGUUGCCGCCGCUGAGGCCGCCACCGCUGCUGCUGAGAACUGGUUUGCGGAGGCGUCGCAGUGGUGGUAUCUGGUGGAUGAGGUGGUGCAGCAUGUCGUGCCCCGUAGUUCGGCAACUGAUGAGAGGUUGGGCUUGCUGGCAGCGGCGCUGGAGAGGCAGCUGCUGGAGGGAGAGGUCGGGGGCUGGGAGGAUUACACGGCGCUGGCGGGCGGCUUCCUGCCCCUCCUGGAGCGCCUGCUGCGCCGAGCCGGAGAGAAACCCACCGGCCCCGAGGCGGCAAUAGUGCGGCGGCUUCUCCGCGGUGACAAGGCGGGCGCUUCCCUGGAGCCCCGCAUUGCCAUACUGAUUCUGCGCAGGCCGUCGCGCCUGUCUGCAGCGCUAGUGGCCACGAUUGGGAAGUUCCUGCGCCGGAUGGACCCAUGGGUCGGCAGCUCGCAUGGGGCUGCACGCAUGGAGGCCCGGGACUGGCGCUGUGAAGCUCCAGGCGUUGUCGCUGUGAUGUGGCACCUGGAGCGGUUGCUGGCGACGGUGGUGGCACCGGAGAGGUUGGCGGCGGGAGGAGGAGGAGAAAGCAUCGCGGAAGGGGCGGAAGCGCCUCCGUCGCAGCAUGACCUGCUGGCUUCAUAUGUGCUGUGCGAGUGGCUGCCGUUACUGUCGUACUGCGUGCUGCAGGCGGUACGGCAAGUGGCCGCUGGCGGCGACGGUAGCCAGCGGUCUGCUGACUCCCGGGAGCUGGAGGCGACCUUCAUUGAGCCGUUGCUCAGAUGGUUGCCGGUGAUUGCCUUCCAAUGCAUGGGCGGCAGCAGCAGCAGCAGUACCCUGGCCACCUCAGCUGCCGCCGCAGCCGAGGCCUGUUCCUCCGCAGCCGCUGCGGCCGGCAGCAGCGCCCAUGGAGCUGCCGCUGCUGCCGCCGAACACGGCGCCGACAGCGAUGACGGCGGCUGGCGGCAGUUGUUGCUGGCGGAGGUGGGUGCCGUACGGCUGCUAGACGCUGUACUGCGGCUGUACAGCUUAGAUACCGAG